GCUUCUCAUUACAGCACAACAAAUCGAGAUCCAAAAUGGACGGCUUGAACUUGGAUUCGUCUGUAACUCUUAUCGUAAAAACUCCAAAUAAAACCAUAGACGACCUACAAAUCAACUGUGCAUUGGACUGGACAGUGAGGAAGAUAAAACAACAUCUUUCCAGCGUUUAUCCUAGUAAACCAGAAAGCAAGAAACAACGUUUAAUUUACUCAGGACAGUUAUUAAACGACAACCAAACUUUAAAGGAUUUUCUUCGCGAGCAUCAAGAUGGUAAAUUCCACACAGUUCACUUAGUCUGCCCUCCAUCAAGCACUGAAAACAUAUCAUCCAACCCAUCAUCUUCACAGGAAACAAACACAACUACAUCCAACCCAACAAUAAUUUCCCCAAGUAGAGAAAUGCAAUCUCCCUCAACCCAAACAACAACGCAACCAACUACAGAUGGUGUCAGAUAUAGAGGACACAAYACACCGACACCAUCUCCUUUUACGAAUAAUCCAAGUCCUCCCCAGAUGUGGAACAUGAAUUCAUUUCAAGGACAGAUGUAUCCUCCAUUAUCGCCACCAAACCAUCAACAGUGGAUGCAGCACAUGCACAACAUGCAGCAGCAGUAUCAGCAGAUGUUUCAGCAGCAUCAACAACAAAUGGCUGUUGCUGCUAGACAGAUGCAGCCUCCUUUCAUGAAUAUGCCACUCAACAUGCCAAUGCCUCCAAUGCCUUUCUGGCCCUACCAAGGACCCAUGAUGCCAGGAGUCAAUAUGCACCCGGCAGCACAGGUACCCCAUCAACAGGUACCUCCACAAACACCCCCACCACCACCCCCACAGGCACAAAAUGCACCUCAAGCUCAACAACCACCACAACCAAGAAACCAAGAAGUGAGGAUGAAUGCCCAAGGUGGUAUUGGUGAUGAUGAUGAAGAGGAAGAAAACCUGAACAAUGAUUGGUUGGACAAGAUUUAUACUCUGUGUCGUAUUACUAUUCUUUUGAGUAUAGUGUGGUUUUAUUCCUCAACUGGACGUUUUUUGAUGCUAAUUCUGUCUGUGAUGGUAAUCUAUAUGUACCAAUGGGGAGUAUUCCAGUGGCUACUCAGGAAUAGAAACCCUCCUGCAGAAAACCACCCACUGGCACAACCAAACCAAGAGCCUCAACAACCGAGACAGGAAGAGGGUGACAAUGCUGAAGGCAGAGGAGAUACAGAAGAAGGUACAGAAGCAAAUGAUGGAGAAAACAUACAGCAACCACCACCUCCACCACCCGGCCCUUCAGCAUUCAGAAUAGCAAUGAGUUUUGUAUCAUCUUUCUUUACAUCACUAGUACCACAUCACAAUGACGGAAUACCAGCAAACUAAAGACWAAACAGCAAAGGGGCGUGUCCGGGAGUUGGACAGUAUGCUAAAUUUGUACCUAUAUCUGCACCUGAUUGGACCCCAAUGUUUUUGUUAAUAAUAAACAUUAACCAUGCAUAUAGAUGGAAUCAAAUUGAAAAAUGAUAACUAAAGAUAAUUAUAUCAGUCCCAGUAUACAGCUGCAUAUCAAUAUAUGGAUUAACGGACCUAAUAGAUGUAUUGAAUGUGACAAAUGCUCUAGUAAUAAGAAAAAUAUCAAGAACACAGAUUACAAAUACCUAUGGAAGGGGGUAAAAAUGCUGAUGGAGUGCAAAAGUAUGAMUAUAAAUGAAAUGUACAUUAAUUGACUUUGUGGACUGGCUUAUAGAGAUAUACUUCAAAUGGAAUUACAUGGUUGUCUAUGGUCAACUUACUGACCUUCUGUGGAAGAUGUGUCAGUUGACAAAUGGGAAGUCAGACACUGGUAUAGUAGUGUGAAUAAUUGGUAAUGCUUUGGAUUGCUUCAGAUAAUGGACCUUUGUCACACUGCAGCCAUGUUUAUUAUUAWAUUAUUAUUAAUUAUUAAUUCAUGAGAAUUAAAGCCUUUUUUCUGUCUGUGCAAACUCAUCCUGAAGCACCAUCUUAAUGAAUGGCAAAAUGUGCAAAAAAUCUAUUGUUCCAGCAAACAUGGCUGUCAUAUCAGAAAGGUUUAUCUAGUUCAAGAUGCAGUAGAAUAUGCCAAUUAUUGUCUAGUUAAUAAAUCCUWAAAUGUGUGACCUGUUAUUGCAUGCUUUUGUUCACAAAUGGGUGUCUGUUACAUGUAAACAUGAACAUUCCAUUGUGAGAAUAUGUGAUUUUACCUAACAGGGCAGUAACCAAGGGGUACAURGGGUGUACUUGCACCCCUUCUCAAAAAAGCUGAAGGUCCAAUGACCCAUUCAUUAUUUUUUUCUACUUUUUUUCCAUGUCCAAAAUGUAAGUUUUUUUUAUCAUCCAUCCAUUCUUGGGGGAUUAUGGUUUUUUUUUUUUUUUGCUUCUGCAAAUAAUAUUCUAGGUUAGUUACACUCUCAAAAAUUAACCCCCUUUAUUUUGGUUCUGCAAAUCCUUAGAAUGUUAGACCAUUUCUCAAGACGGCUGUUAGUUUAUACAGUUUCAUUUUCCUUUCCUGUGCACCCACCUUGCAAGACCCCUGGUUUCAACCCUGUCUAAAGUUAAUUGACAUAAUUUGUCAGUUUCAGGUUGCAAAAGGCACACAUUUGGGAUUUAUGCUAUCGAUUCCAAUGAACCCAAACUACUGUAGAUUAGUUUGCUAUUAAAUAUUAAAAUAUAAUAUUAUAGAACAUUACAGAUAUUAUUGAUUUUGACACAGUGAGCCGGUUUUUUAGGCUAGAACAUUUUCUUGCGUAAUUCGUACACCCAAGGGCAGAAGGAUUUAAUUGCCAUCAGGUCCGAGGUUCAUACGACGCCCCAGCUCUGUGGAUGUCUCCGGGGGGUAUGGCACAGUGGAAUUGAAUAUUCUUUUUAAAUUUUUGGCUUAGGUUCAAAUCUCACCGCAAAUUAAUUUUUCUCUAGCUUUUUCCUUUCAAACGGYAUGACAUAGGUAAUUCCAUAUCAUCUAGAAUUCGAACAGUCAYGACCUGCCUAUGAAAGUUUAUCAGAUAAAGAUGAAAGGGAAGUAAAUGGGAUGUAAAUGGGAGGUAAAUGGGACAUACAUGGGAUGUAAAAGUCUCUUUAAUAACAAGUUGACAAUUACUUAAAACGUAUGGUUUCAAAUACAUUAAAAUAAUAUAUUUCAUA